AUGGGCUGCUGUGGAGAUCGCGAAAAGGCCCUUACCGUGGCCGAAGAGCAAAAGUGGACGCACCUUACUCUGUCCGACUUCAAGUCAACUUCAUGUCUCGCUCCCUUCUCCUACGUCUGGCUCUGGAUCCUUGUUCUCAUCUCUUGCGCCGUCUACGCUGCCGACGCCUUCACUGCCAUCAACCUUCUCGCCUUUGACAAGUGGACCAGCACCAUCAAGCCCGCCGUUCCUUUUGAAAUCGCAAAAUGGAUCUUUGCCAUUACCAUCAUCAUUUCCUACGUCUUUCUCCUAUACCGCUGGAUCAGGACUAUGCGCGUCAUGCGCACUGGAAGCGUCACUGAAUGCUACCUCGAGCCUCUGGCUGCCAUCUGGCAGAGUAUGCGCCUGACAUCAUCCGGCCAAGGUUGGCGCCGUUUCUUGGUUUUUGCAGAGUUGACCAAGAGUAAAAAAGGCGUCAACUACAUUGCCCUCUUUGUCUACUUCCAGUUCAAGAGCGCCUUGCUCAUCAUCGUCGCCCAAGGUCCCCGUGUUGCCAUCAAUGCCAUGACUCUGUACGCCGUCAUGCAGGCCCAAAUCAUUCCCGGAGGCGACCAUGCUGCAAAGGAUCGAUCCAAUUUUGAGCAGUUCUUCGUCAACAUCAAGACCAUGAUCGACACCGGCAACAAGCGCGAAACCAUCAUCUACUUCGCCAUGUUGUUCUCCUUGCUGAUUUGGGUCAUUGCUGCCCUGAGUUUGAUUGUUGCCUGCCUUCUCUACAUUUUCUUCCUGUGGCAUUACAUUCCCAAGGCUGACGGCAGUCUAACCAACUACUGCCGCCGCAAGGUUGAGACUCGUCUUGAGCGCAUUGUCGGCAAGAAGAUCAAGAAGGCAAUCGAAAAGCAGAACCAGCAAUUGAAGAAGCAAGAAGAAAGGGCCAUCAAGAAGGGCCAGCUUGACGUAUCCAAGUCUCGACCAACUCUGCCCAAUAUUGGUGAUGACGACGAUGACACAUCUACCGUCUUCUCUCUGCAGCGCUCCGACACGAUGAGUACCAACACGACGCUUCCACCGUAUGCCCCAUAUCCUCAGUCGCACACCAACAGCAUGGUCUCAAACAAUGGUCGAAACUUGAUGAUGAAGCCAUCUCUACCCACACUUGACGAACGUCCCAGCACGCUCGCGCGGUCCGAAUCACAAUUCACUACCUUUUCUACCAAUAGCUAUGGUUCCAAUGUACCCAUGCUGCCCCAAGCCGGUAACAUGGGCAGAUCAUCGCCAGCCCCCGGAAUGGUGCCCCUCGAUAACAACGGCAGUGACUAUUUUGGUCAACAGCGCAACCCACCCUAUCCUUCCGACAGGCCUUUUACGCAAAUGUCACAGGGCAGGGCGUCUCCAAUGGCUCAACGGGGACAUUUGCCGCCAGUGGACACGAGCUUCAACGAUGCUCCAUAUGGUUCUGAGCCUCGACUGGUUUCUCCUCUCGCCAAUGACGCACGAUCGCAAGCUCAAUCAAGCCGUCCAUACCAGGGAUUUAGUCCGUACAACAGCCGCGGUCCCACUACAGGUCCCGAAUACGAGCUAUCGCCUGUUGAAAGCAACGCGACAGAGGAAAUCUCCCAACAUUACUACCCCGACCCGAAGGAUUACGAUGACUACCAACCACCACAAGUGCCCAAUGUUUUGAGGGCCGGCUCUCCUGCCCCCUCGCAGUUUGGCGGUCUGCCCAACCAACCACGAUCAAACACAGCACCUCCACGCCGAGACAUACCUGACCGUACUAUGAAUGGCUCAAUGCCUCCACAGCGCAGUGCCACUGCUCCGAUCCAGCCAGGUUGGGUUCAAGGACCUCCUCCGCGCAGCUUCACUCCUUCUGGACCUGGUCCUCAACGUCCCUUUACUCCUUCAGGUCCCGGUCCUCAACGUCCCUAUACUCCUUCCGGCCCCGGCCCGCAACGUCCCUACACCCCGUCUGGGCCUGGCCCACAGCGUAGUUUCACCCCGUCCGGGCCUCGUCCUAACGACAACAACUACUAG